AUGGAUUGCCCGGCCAACGAAGAGAUUGCUCCGGCCCCAGCCCCGGGAGAGGGAGGAGCCGCCGCCCAGGUGGGGCAGGUGCAGAGCCGGGACUCAGGUGUGUCCCGGGACAAUGAUUGCUCCCUGGCCGGCGCAGGCGCCGCAAAGGGUUCCCUGGGCCCCAGGAUCCAGCUCUGGGAAGCUGGGUUUGUGUCCCAGACUCUGCCGCGGAGGAAAGCCAUGGACGGGGAAAGAUUAAGAAACUUCAAAGAGCUCCAAGCUAAAUUUCAAAAGCUUGAUGUGCCAUCCCUUCCAGGACCUAUUAAAUCCCUAGCAGGUGUUUCUCCAAAGGGUGACAUUGGAAGCACACAGUCAACGAGGAUUUGGGCCAAUGGGAAACCCCUCUCAUCCAACCACAAUCAGCCCCCACCAUAUUGUUCCAGUGGUGAACCCCAGUCUCUUGAACCCCAGAAAAUGAAGUUGGCACCAAGGAGUGAUAUUCAGAAAUGUUCUAAUUCCCUGGAACCUCCAGGAAGGUCUACUCAUUCUGCAGAAAAUUCACAGAAGGCUUCUCUGCCUUUAGAUGUGAAUCAGUCAAAUGCUAAGGUAACCGAUAAGAAGAAAGAGGUGGCCAGUACCUUCAGAGACAAGCUCCGGAACUGGGAGAAGGUUUCAUCUCAGAAAAAUGACAUGUCAUCAGCCCUUUGCCUUGCCGGUUGUGGAAGUGGGGCUCUCCAUCUAGAAGAUCAGAAAAGCACGGGACUCACUACUCCAGAGGAGCCCAGGGAACAGCUGGAAAAAGGCUCCCAGACUCUUCCUUCCCAGAGGCACUUCAUGGCCCAAAGAAAAUCACAUGUCACCUCAGAAGAUCCCACAUUUCUGCUUUCUCAACAUGGAAAGAAGAGCCUAGGAAAGGCCAGUCCUGAGAGGAGCCCAGCGGGGAGCACCUGCCAGCCUAUCUAUGAGAGUGAGCUUGCCAGCCAGGCUCCAGGCCAUAAAAUGGAAACAAUUGACAACCUACAUUGUGGCUUUUUGUGCUCAGAAAAAGAGCCAGAUGUCAAACAUCACCAGCUUCCCAAAACGAAACCACUGCCUUCUGUGGAGUCCCUGGGUCCUCCUCCCGUGAAGCCACCGAAGCCUCCAGGAGUGAGCCUCCAGGCCUUUCUGAGGCGGACAACUGCGGUUCCCAAGACCCCCAGGGAAGCAGCUGUGAAGGAAGGCUACCUGCCUCCAGAGAGUGCAGAAUUUGAAGAACCACAUAAUUAUGAGGCAAUAAUUCCAUAUCUGAGACAUUCUGGCAACUCCAUUAACCUGCGCACUGCAGAAGAAAUCGCUGGUUCAACUUAUGAAGUUGGAAUUGAAGAACUCCAAAAGCCUUGGAAGAGUUUCCUCCACCAAGAACAUAGCCCUCAACAUGAAGAUCAAGAUAAAAAAAUAAAGGAAAAAGAGCCACAUGAAUUGGAACCUCAGAAAGCAGAAAAGGAUCUACAUCCAGACCUUAUGUGCAAGGUGGGUUCCUAUGAAGAGACGUGUGGAAAAGUCCCAAUGAUGAACGUUCAGAGACAUAUGAAGAGAAUGCUGGCCAGAGAGAAGGAUGCUGUGAUUGACAGCAUCCAGACAGAGGCCUGCCCCCAGGACCCAAAGCUGGCCAGGCACUCCCAAAGCCAAUGUGGGUAUGUGGAGGCCUUGGAGGUGACUAAAGAAGCACCAGGCCAAGGGGCCUUUAUGCCACAAUCCAUCUCAGAAGAGACCUAUGAUGAUGUUGAGUGCCCUGGGAGGAAGGAAUCAAAGUCGGACUUCUCCAACUCAUUUGCCUCAGAUAGUGAAGAAAAUAGUAACGAGAUGUAUGAAGACGUAUACAGAACAAAGAGCAACUCCACAAACAUAGAUUUAGAUGGCAAAGCACUUAAGAGACUACAGAGAUUCUUCAAGAAAGAAAAGGAUAGAUUUAAGAUGAAGACAACCAAAUUGAAAGAAAAUGUAAGUGCGUUUUCCAUUUCGCUGCCGGAUUUAGAACUUAGGUCCCAGGAAGUUAUUAUGCACGCUGACGUGACCAUCAAUGAAAAAGAGUCAAAGGAUGAAGAUAAAGUAAAAACUUGGAAGCCCAAGUUUUUUAAGCCAAAGGGGGAAAAAGAGAAGAAAGAUGCUCAAGGAUCAGAAAGUCUAUCGCCUAGAAAUUUCUUCAGAACCAAGAAGCAAAACUUAGAAAAGAGAAUGGAAAGAGAAAAACUUUUUAGAGAAAGAUUUGAGUAUGAUAAAGAGAUUACUGUCAUCAACACAGCAGUGGCGUGUUCCAGGAAUUCAAGAAACGGGAUCUUUGAUUUGCCAAUAACCCCUGGAGAAGAACUGGACAUCAUUGAUGUCACUGAAGAAAAUCUAGUGAUAUGCCGCAAUUCUAAAGGCAAAUAUGGAUAUGUGCUAAUUGAACAUCUAGAUUUCAAGCCUCAAGGUUGUUCACCUUAGGAAGAUCCACACCCAGUGUGCCAUGCACAAGUGAGAACCAGGCCUGAGACACUGGUCCUGCUCCAUCAGUUUACACGUCAAAAGGAGAUGGUGGAAACGUUUGUUAGGAACUCAGAAGAGAAAACAAAUCCUCCACAUUUAGUUGAUUUUACUCCCAAAAGGUUAUCUUUCCAUGUCUAUUUUACUGCUGGCUCAGAGAAUGGGAAAGUGUGUGUUAGCAUUUGAGCACUUACUCAAUGAGCCACAUCUGAAGUUAGCAAUCAUGCCUAUGGCACUACCUAGUCAAUUGUACAGAUGGUUAGUGUGCUUCCCAUAUGAGUACACAAGUGUUUAUAACGUUCUAAAAGAUGCUGUACAUUUAAAAUGGGUGUAAUUUAAUUCUAACAUAAUAGUGCAACCAUUUUAUACUCAAAGUACAAUUACAGCUCAAGGUAUAAGUGUUCUGCUUUGUCACAAAAUCAGACUCAAAAUGGGUUUCUUUUGGAAAUAGUAUACUGAAAAUCCACCCAAUAUACUUAAAGAAAAUAUAUGCUGUAUUGGCUUAAAAUACCCUGUUGUCCAAAAAUAAGUAAUAUCUUGUCUAUGCCUGAACACUUAUUUAAAUAAUAGAAUUUAUAUGAAAGUAAUGAAAAGUAAGCUGUUAAUAACAUUCUGUAUUUCAAAUGUUGUACACUGUGAAGCAGGGUGAUUCUAGCGUUCCAGGGUGUGAAUUUACUCCAUGGCCACAUCCUUUAUAUACUGUGAGAUUAUUUCUUAAGCUUAUAGGUUCUUUUAUUUCCUUUUUCAAGUUCCAAAUAGCACUUGCCAAUAAAGGCUAAGCUUAUUCUAGAGACAAGAAUCAAAAGUAUUACAGUGUUUAGAGAGGGAAAUAGGUAUGAAUGAAAUGUGUCAAAGAGUAAGAAGGGCAACACUGAAGCUUGGCCUUUAACCACACACGUAUUUGCUAGACGAGGCAGAGAUAGAAAAUCCACACUAUCUGGUGAUCAGGAAGAAAUUGAAGGGACAUGGCAAGAGCUGGAAUGGGGUAAGUUGGGGCUAGAAUAUGACAGAGUGCUUACUCAAAGGUCUUAAACAGGAAGGCAAUGCCAGAUGUUUAGAGAGAAAAGAAAAAAACAACCCCAGCAAUAUAAGUGAUAUAUUAGAGAGAGGAAAGACUAGGUGCUUUUGCAAUAUUCUAGGCAAAAGAGCAUUUGACCAGCAAUAAAAAUAUAUAGGGCAGGAGCCUCACUAGAGAUAUUACAAAGGUAAGAGGAAGAAUUAGGGAAUGACUCCAAGGUUUCUUGGAUGGUAGCCAAACUGGAAAUAUAUUUCUGCUUGGAUCCCCUAAAUUAAAUGUACCUACUCAGUGAGAGGCAGGGAAACCACAGCCCUCUCCCAUACCUCGGGCCAGACCUGUCACAGUGGGCAAGGAGGUAAGUGAAAGAGAAGACAGGACUAUGCAGAGCAGAGACCUUUCAUGCAAUAAUUCUGCAGUGGCACCAGGACUAAAUUUUAACUGAGAUGGAUUUGUCCCAUCUCCUCACAUGACCUCUUGUUCUAAUUCCAUGUCUCAGCUCAAAGUCUCAAUUUUCUCAUUAGUAAAACAGCUAACAACACUCACCUUAUCUACUUCACAGGGGUUGUUGUCAGGCUGGAAUGUAAUAAUAUAAAUAAAAGUGUCCUAAAAUCUUUAAUACAGAAUACUGUAUAAGUGCUGUUAUUUCAGUACCUGGCCUUUUUUGAGGUUGGAAGAUGUUGAAAACAAAAAAUGUGUUUUGAAAUUCAAAUCUUAAGACUUGAAAAAAAUGGCUGGGAUGUAAGUACUUUUACAUAGAUAUAUAGGGUGCCCCUCCAAAAAAAUGUAUGUAUAUAUACCCUUUGAAUAAUUAUAAAGGCAGUGUUUAUGAAAAUAAUUUCAUUUUCAAAAUUGAGCUAUCAGCUGUAAAAAUGUGUAUACAUAUAUUUGGGAUGCCCUGUAUUUAACGGGAUUUUAAAACUGAACAUUUUCCUAUGUUUUUAAAGUAUAAACCAUUUGAUUUAACAUAAACUAGUACCUCAUUACUAUUUGUCGAUAUGAACUAUAUUUUUAGG